AUGUCUUCUCCCGCCCUCCUCGUCAUCCUCAUAGGGAUGCUACUUUCUGGCUUCGUCGACACCCAAGCAAGCGCACAACUGGACACAAACUCGGUUGACCCAAGCGUACGCAUAGACUGGUGUCGCUCCCAGAGCUCGGCGUGCGAUACACUAUGCAGCUCAGUUACCAACAGCAACGAUUGUAACAGUGAGACGCUUACCUACGAAUGCCAGUGCAAAAACUAUGGAACUCCGGAUCUCACUACAUAUCGCGGAACUAUGCCCACUCUAAUCUGCUUACAGCUAUUUGCGAACUGCAAAAAGGACGCUGGUACAAGCCUUCUUAAGAUCGGCAAAUGCAGCACUGACUAUUAUGUCCACUGUGGAACAAAGCUCCCUGUCGAUUUUGAACCACCUGCAACUACUUCGAGCACAUCUACAAGCGCAUCACAUCCAUCUUCCGGUACUGCAACCACCACGCGGAAUACGAGUUCAGACAGUACCAGCUCCGACACACGCACUACCUCGAGCAGCUCCACCAGGCCUACCGACACAUUGGCAAUCUCGACAGCCCCAAAGUCAAGUCCAGCGGAUAUCGCCCUCGGAGCACAAAACACAACGACCCCCAUUCCAGCAAAUGCACCCCAGAAGAAAGGCCAGUCAGACCAAGCAAUAGUGGGCAUAGUUCUCGGCGUCGUUGCAGGACUGACUAUCGUGGUACUCCUCGCCUUAUGGAAGCUCGCUCGGUGGAGAGAACGUCGUGACAAGGAGAAGGUUGAAGCUGCCGAGGACGAGCAGCGUUCGCUGCGCUCCAAUCGAGGCUCUGUUCUCAUGAUGCGUGAAAUGAGCGCGGAUGCCAUUCGUAAUCACCUUGCGAAACUUGAGGCUGAGGACGCUGAGAACCCGAAAACGCACGCCCCAGUCAACCCUGCAGAGUUGCCUAGUCAUUUCUCACGCUCACAUUCGAGAGUCUUUGAGAUGGAAUGAGGAGGAUGUGGCGUGGUUUCGGAUUAUUUUUUUCUGACCGGAGGAACUCUUACACGCUGGAUAUGAUGCUAUGGAGGAUACCUUGUAUUGGGAGUGAGGUCUGGGAAGAUGGGAAGAGGGUUUCUGGGAAGUGCGUCUUUCAUCCAGCUUUUAUUGCACUCCCCAAAAUUUUCGGAUACAUUACAAAGUCUAUUCCACUGAAGAAUAUCUGUGGUCUGGCCGAAACGGUUAUGCAUGAUAAAGUUGGUGGGCUUUUGUUCUGUCUCGCAGUAAAUGGAUUUCGGGUAUAAACAAAGACGUCACAAUAAAGUCAUUACUUGGAACUAAUUCCUCUUCAAUUUGUCUUAUCUUUACUUGACCCAUAGUCUAUAGAAUUCCAGUGUUACUCUCACCAUUGCUACGUCUGUAGCGGACUGGAUAGUAUUCUCCUCGUUGGCCAUUGUCCAGUUCUCAAGCUGGGUAACUUGCAGUUGACCCCUCUGCAGUGAUUUGGUCUUCAGCUUUGCUCCCACAGGUAAGAAACCCUCCAGUUUCUCACCCUGCUCCUUGAAACUCUAUUCGUUGUUUACUUCCAGACAGGUUGACGUCGUAAUGUCCCAGCUGUUGCCUUGUAACUCGACGUGCAGCAAUGCCUCAUUUUUUGUUGGCUUCUGAAGCUGCAACACUGGCUGCUUGAGAGUCACCCUGAAUCCUUGAAGCAUUCAAAAUGAAGUGAUGCAUAUGAGCGAACAAUUCCAUCACCUCCAUGUCUACUACGACGGCUGCACUAACAUCAACUUUCAAUGCUUGCAUUUUCACUAGCAAGUAAGUUCGCCAACCUGUGGUUCACGAAGUGGCUUCCUUUCGGUUGCUACCGAUUGACAGUGACAAAUCCCAUUGUCCUUGACAUUACAGCCACUAUCUGCAUCGAAGAAGAACUCGGAUAGCAAGCGUAUAUCAGGACCUGUGGCAGGAAGAGUUGUGACUGGAGCCACCCUUGGUCUUGCAGUUCUCUCCUCACUCGGGAGUAGUGCCGGCAAUGCCCAGCACCCAACACGGCAGAAACAUACGAAAAAGCGCAACUCGAUGGUACAGAAGUGAAUUUAAGAGAAGCAGCCAGAGAAUAGAUUAUGAAGAUUGAGGGUUGGAACAUGUAGCCGGCUGAGAUCCACGCUGGGUAUGCAGAUGCUGAGAUACAAACAAGUACAAGUAAAGAAGUGCCAGUACAGGAAAUGUGACAUGAG